GGAACAGCAUUGUCGCAGAUGAUCACGUGAUCGAAGAUCGACUUCUUCGUUUGUGGCCACGAGGUUUUGUGGUGAAAAUUAAGUUUACCGGGUGGAAAAGGCCCUAUAUUUUUGUAUUUAUACAAAAAUGCCCUCCAGCAAUCCCUUGCCACCCAAAGAAAAUGCCUUGUUUAAACGAAUUCUGAGGUGUUACGAACACAAACAGUAUAAAAAUGGGAUAAAGUUUGCAAAGCAAAUUUUAUCAAACCCUAAAUUUAGUGAACAUGGAGAGACCUUGGCAAUGAAAGGUCUCACUCUGAACUGCUUAGGUCGCAAAGAAGAAGCAUACGAUCAUGUCCGGAGAGGUCUUAGGAAUGAUUUGCAAUCUCAUGUUUGUUGGCACGUUUAUGGACUUUUACAACGCUCGGAUAAGAAAUACGAUGAAGCCAUUAAGUGCUAUAGAAAUGCCCUUAAAUGGGACAAGGAUAACAUUCAAAUUCUUAGGGACUUAUCGCUGCUUCAAAUUCAGAUGAGGGAUCUGGAGGGCUAUAAGGACACAAGGUACCAGUUAUUUAUGUUACGUCCUACACAGCGUGCUUCAUGGAUUGGUUUCGCUAUAUCAUAUCAUUUAUUAAAGGACUAUGAAACAGCACUUAAAAUUUUGGACACGUUUCGAAAUUCCCCAAUGAUUUGUUAUGAUUAUGAGCACAGUGAGUUGCUAUUGUACCAAAAUAUGGUUAUCCAGGAAUCAGGGGAAUGUGAACAAGCAUUGAAACAUCUUGAUAAAUAUAGUGAUCAAAUUUGUGAUAAAGUUACUGUAAAAGAAACAUAUGGUAAAUUAAGAUUACAAUUAAAACAAUAUGCAGAAGCAGCACAGGUUUAUAAAGAACUUUUAAAUAUAAAUCCUGAAAAUACAACUUAUUAUGCUAGGCUAGCAGAGGCUGAAAGACACACAAAACCUGAAGAAACAUUAGCUAUGCUCCAAAGAUACGAAGAAUUGUUUCCUCGAGCGUUAGCGCCGCGUCGCUUACAAUUAAAUUAUGCAUUAGGGGAUGAAUUUAAAACAUUAGUAGAUCGGUACUUACGAAGAGGUCUUCAUAAAGGUGUACCACCCCUAUUUGUAAAUCUUCGUUCUCUAUAUAACGAUCAACAGAAGGUUGAUACUAUACAGUCUUUGGUUUUGGAAUACAAGGAAGCAUUAAAAGCUCAUGGGCAUUUUAGCGAUCAAGAGAAAGACAAUGCGAGAGAGCCAGCUUCGGCAUUGUUAUGGACUUAUUAUUAUUUAGCACAACAUUACGACCAUCUUGGACUUACGGAAAAAGCGCUAAAUGAAAUUGAUGCUGCCAUAGAACACACACCUACACUUAUAGAACUUUUUGUUACCAAAGGCCGCAUUUAUAAGCAUGCUGGUAAUGUUCAAGAGGCUUAUAAGUGGUUAGACGAAGCACAAGGAUUAGACACAGCAGAUCGAUAUAUUAAUUCUAAAUGUGCCAAGUAUAUGUUGCGUGCAAAUCUUAUUAAAGAAGCGGAAGAAACGUGUGGCAAGUUUACUAGGGAAGGGGUUUUAGCCAUGGAAAAUCUAAAUGAAAUGCAAUGUAUGUGGAUUCAGACAGAAGCAGCUAAUGCUUACAAACGCCUUGGAAAGUACGGGGAGGCAUUAAAGAAAUGUCACGAAGUUGACAGGCACUUUUCUGAAAUCAUAGAAGAUCAAUUCGACUUUCAUACCUACUGUAUGAGAAAGAUGACCUUGAGGUCUUACGUGGGUCUUCUAAGGUUAGAAGACGUGCUACGAGCUCAUCCAUUUUAUUUUAAAGCAGCAAAAUGUGCAAUGGAGGUUUAUUUACGACUACACGAUGAACCAUUGCCCGAUCCGACACAGACGCAAGAAAUCGACACCGAAAAUCUAGCGCCAUCAGAAUUGAAGAAAUUGAGAAACAAGCAAAGGAAACAACGUAGAAAGGCUGAACUGGAACGGCAACAGGCUGCCCAAGCCCAAGAAAAAAGGGAACAGCACAAUAAGUCGCGACAACAGACUGAUCCCGAUUUAGAACAGCCUACGCUAGAUGAACUUAUACCAGAGAAAUUGGAGAGGGUUGAGGAUCCUCUCGAGCAAGCAAUCAAAUUUUUACAACCACUGCAAGACUUGGCAUCGAACAGAAUAGAGACGCACCUUAUGGCAUUUGAAAUAUACAUUCGUAAAGGUCGUACGUUGUUAAUGUUAAGGUCGAUAAAACGUGCGCAUGGUCUAGAUCCUAACAAUCCGGACCUCCACACGUGCCUGGUACGUUUCAUGUUGCAUACUAACCGCUCGCCGUCUGAAGGUCCAGUAGGCGAGGUAGUAAAGCGACAAACUGCAGGGAUCUACUCGACUUCAACGCCCACCCAAUUGAACGCGGAAUUCCUAAAAAAGAAUCGAAACUCACUGCCGCAUUUGCUUCAGGGUGCGAGGAUGUUGUACGUCCUGGACCCGUCCGCUCAAACAAAAGCUCUCUCCCUCGCCACAAACAUUGAUGAUCUCGAAGGUGUAACACUGCAGAAUUGUACAAAAGUAUUGGAAUCGUUGCGCAAUGGUGACUUUGGCCAUUGCGACUCUACAAUUGCCGAUUACAUGGCGAAAUGUCACAAAUACUUCCCAUACGCGACCGCUUUUCGACCGCCGGAGACAAAGUUGACGGUGACGAUCAAGCAUCAAGAGAAAGAGAAUUCCAUCAAGAACUGAUCCAGGCACGCGCUAUCCAGCGUUAGCGAAUCAUUGCGUAGUUAGACGACGAGGCAAUGGAGGGGGAGUGUGCUGAGAUACGCUCUGAUCUACGUUUAAGAAAAAGAACAAAAAAAGAGCAAAGAAACUAACGUUGAAUGUAAAAGGCACGCGAACGAAUGAACAUAUGUAGUGAAAGAAGAAGCGAAAUUGGCGGAUUUAAUAUUGAUAAUUAUUAAACAUGUAUUAUACACGAACUGUUCCUGGGGAGAUCCAUGUAGUGUGAACAGUGCUGGGACAGUGCUGAAUAAAUAAUCUUUAAUAAUAAAUUAUAACAUGAUGGGACGCGAGACAAGCGCCUCUGGCACGGUCCCGAAUUUUAGGUGAACGAAGAAAAGGUUGGCUUUAGCUAAAUAUUAAUUAACAAUUGGAACAGAAUGAAUUAAACGAGCACUCUAUCAACAGAGCGGUCACGUUGAAAAGAAGGAUUGACAAAGUGUGAAAAUGUUUAGUGCAUAGAUGGGAUUGGGGCAGGGCAGGGAGGGAUGGGGUGAAGUACAGUGUGUAAAAUAUAUGACGUGCGUAAACUAACACAUUGGUACAAAAUACAAGACUUGUAUACAUUCGUAUGCGCGUUCUAUGAAUAUUUCUACUUGAUGUUAAGGUGUAUUAUUUUCAGCGAUGUCUACAUAAAUACUCUACUGUGUAGAGUUGAGAAACUAGACGAUCAUCGAGCACCGAUAAUUGUACCACGCAUGUUCGUCGCUACUUUUUGAGAAUAGACUUUGUUCCAAGUCAUAUACUAACUUCUCUAGUUCACUUCAUUCGCAAAAACCGUUCAAACUUGUAAAGUGAACGAUCUAAUGUUUUCUUCUAGAAACACAAUUUUAUUCCUGUGUUUAAAGCCAGGGUAAUAAUCUACGUUUGGAUUGGAGCCCUGAUAUUCCAUCGAGAUAGCAGUCAAUAUGGAAAUAGAAUCCAUUUGCGAAAGUCUCUGUGAAAGUUAUUAUAAGAACAAUAAAAGUGCAUAUAUUGUGUACGCAGAUUACCAAAGUAUAUGAUAAAUCGAAAACAAUAAGUGUCAAUAGCAAAACAAGCAAACGAAAAAAAUAUCAUACAUCUGUAUGUCAACGGAUUACAGAAAUUUUAAUAAAAGGUAAUGUUCAAAUUUACCGAUACAAAUCGAA